AGAAAGCCCGUAGAUUGAUAAAAAGCCAACUUCACUCGAUCCUCCCUUUCGGCCCCAAAAUCUGUGGAGAAGCUAGGGUUAGGGUUUUGAAUUGAUCGACAAUGGAAGUGGAAGAAGGAGUCACAAAAUCGUCGGUGAGGAUUCACGUGGGGGGUUUGGGAGAAGCCGUGACGGGGGAGGAACUCCGACGGAUGUUCGAGCUCGCCGGCGGCGGAUCCGUCGACGACUUCCAAUUCGUCCGUACGAAAGGCCGCAGCUUUGCAUACGUUGACGUCUCGCCUUCCUCCGAUAAAGCCCUCAGCAAGCUCUUUGCUAAGUAUAAUGGGUGUGUGUGGAAAGGAGGGAGGCUUAGGCUUGAGAAGGCCAAAGAGCACUAUCCCAACCGCUUGAGACGAGAAUGGGUUGAAGAUGCUGCUGCUGCUGCUGCUGCUACAGUGGCCGAUGCUCCGGCUUCUGCAGAAGUGCCUCGGAGUCUUCCCACUGUGGAAAAGAGCAAUCUCCGGAUUUUUUUCCCCAGAUUAAGAAAGGUGAAAUUGUUACCUUUCAGUGGAACUGGCAAGCACAAGUACAGUUUCCAGCGCGUCGAAGUUCCUUCUCUUCCCAAGUAUUUUUGUGACUGCGAAGAGCAUUCUGGUCCUUUUUCUACUGAAAAUGAGAAACGCAUUCGUCACCAGGAAGCAGAGAGUGGUGGGAUGAACCGGGAAGAGCUUAGUAUAAUGAACAAAGUAAUGAAUACCCUCUUUCAGAAGCAAAAUGACGGUUCUAAUAAUGAUGGGACUUUGCUGGCCGAUAGUGGGGACAACUCUUUCAAAUUGAGUAAGGACCUCCAUGAUGAAGAUGAAGCAGAUGAAGAUGACAACCUCAUUCUCAAUGUUGUCGCAAAGGAAAGCGACAUGCUGACUUUGUUAGGAAGACAACAAGGUGAUCAAGUCAAUGAUCAGAUCCAGGAAACAAUAUCCAAAAGGCGAUCUUUUCAGGAUGGUUUUACGGUGGAGAAAGGGAAUGAUAGUGAGCCUCCAAACAAGAAGAAGAAAUUGCCUUCUCACGAUAAAAGCAGUGGAAAUUCACAGAAAAGAAAUGAUAAUGAGCCUCCAAACAAAAAGGAGAAGUCGCUUCUUCGUUAUAAGAGCCAAGGAAAGGAAUUUGAGUCUUCUAUCUCUGCAAUUGCAAGGGAGGGGAAUUUGCAAUUACCUUCAAAUAAGAAGGGCAAACGUACGGCAAUUCAGCCUACUGAGGCAGAAUUAGGUGAACGACAGUCAAGUGCGCAUGUUUGCUAUCAAAAAUCUUCUUGGAGGAAACUUGUUGGUGAUAGAGGGAGUAAUUCAUUCAGCAUCUCAAGCAUAUUACCUAAUGUUGCUUCUACUGAGAAAGACCUGCAGAGAUCUGAAGCUCCAAAUGUGCCAGAUUCUAAUAGCAAGAGGGAGAACACGGAAAGGAAUGGCAUUGCUUCUACUGAUGGAGGCCAAUGGAGAUCUGAGGCUCCAAGUGAACCGGAAUCCGAUGGCAGUCAUGAAAACGUGGAAGGAGAUAGAGAAUCUGAAGACAUGUCGUGCAGAGAGAGAACAGAGGGUCUUGUAGAAGCUCAGCCUGCCAGCUCAAACGUGGUUUCGACCAACAUAGGGAGAGGUGCUUCGUGGCGGCAUAAAUCUUCCUGGACCAAGUUGGUUAGUGGGAACACUUCAUUUAGCAUUUCACCAAUUUUUGGUGGUGCCACUGUCAAUCAACAAGUGCCGACAGAGCCCAAAGUUGCUGUUGUUCUGAACUCUGCCAAUGACAAGCCUAAUGAGAUAGGAAAUUCUGUUAGGGACGGUCUGAGUAUUCCAGGGACGGCGGAGAAGGAGGAUGUUUCAAGGAUUUCUCAGGUAGAGAAUCAACAAACUGUUUCGGGCAAUGAUGAGGCUUCCGUAUCGAUGUUAAAGGAAAAUUGUGGUGUUGCGGCAAAGGAAAUAUCUGCUUCGAAAGUUGAGAUAAGUGACACUUGCUCCUUUAUGAGAAAUGAUGCGUCACUGAAAGAAUGGGCAAAAACAAAGGCUGCUCUCAGUGGCUCACUUAAACGAAAAAAGAAAGACGUAACCAGCUGAGGUAGAUUCUUCAAGCUCCUCGAACCUAUUUCAAAGCUCUUUGUCAUGCCAUCUUUGCUAUUAAAGGAUCAACUGAAGAGACAAAGAUGAGAAAGGACAGGAGGGGAAAGCGUAAAAGAAUUAAAAGGGAAAGCCUGAAGGGACCCAAAAAAAAACCCCCUCAUCAGCAAAUCGCCACGAUGAACUUGUCUGGGCAUUUUGGCCUUAUUUGGUUGACACUAGUAAUUUACUUGGUUUUUUCUUAUAGCUAUAUUGGCUUGCAACACCACAGAGAAACAUUAUUCGACUCGUCUAUUUUUUGCUUUUUUUUUUUUGAA